AAGCCCUUAAAAUCACAGGCAGAAAAGCUCUGCACAAAAGCUAAUCCCCACAAGCAAAAACCAGCUCAACCACACAGCCAUGGAAGAAGACGACGCCGACACGCCACCCUUCUGGCUCCAGACCUCCGCCAACCCGCGCCGGACCCGCCGCGGCUCGUCCGCCCUCCUCCCCGGCCCCGGCGUCCUCCUCCUGCUCUUCCUCGCCGCCUUCAUCGCCUUCGUCUUCUUCGUCGUCCCGCCCUUCCUCAGCCUCUCUUCCAAGAUCUUCAGACCCCAUUCCGUCAAGAAGAGCUGGGACUCUCUCAACCUCGUACUCGUCCUCUUCGCCAUCAUCUGCGGGUUCCUCAGCAGAUCCAACCACGGCGAAGACGGGGGGUCGCCGGGUUCGUACCCGAGGUCGGACUUGCAGAAGUCGUCGUCGUCGUCGAACCCGGCGACGCCAUACACGGGGUAUGACAGCUACGAUCGUCGGAGCUCCGAGCGGAACGAAUAUGGGUUCUCCUCGAGCUCGUUUGGGAGGAUGAGAAACAGCAGCUCGUACCCCGAUCUGAGGGCGCAGGACUCCCCGUGGGCUUACGGCGAAGGACGGCGGAGAUUCUACGACGAUACCCAUCUUGUCGCGGGUCGGGGUGUCGGGUCGGAACCCGUCUAUUCCAGGAGAAGAUGGAAAGAGGAAGAUGACGACGAAGAAGAGAAGAAGUUCGAGAUCAAGCGUGUAGUUGCCGAUGAUAGUCGCGAUCGUAGUGCUGCAGUCGAGAAAAUGGAAGUUCCAGUCACGCCACCGCCGUCUGCUCCGCCGCCACCGCCGCCGCCGCGAGUUCGGGCAUCUGGAAAUAAACGGAAGCCGAAGAGGACUUAUGAGACUGUUGCGCACAAGCCUAAGGAUGAGGUUGAAAAACCGCCAGCGGCGCCGCCGCCGCCACCGCCGCCGCCGCCAAAGCCCGUGUUUCACCCGAUGGAGGAGGGGAGUGGGAAAAAGAGAGGUGGAUCGGUGACCAAGGAGUUCUUGAGCUCACUGAAGAUGAGGAGGAAGAAGCAGAGACAAAAGAGCGCCGAGAACUUCGAGGCCCUCCUCGGCUCCCAGCCACUGCCGUCAUCUUCCCGCCUUCCGCCCCCGCCACCACCACCGCCACCCCCACCACCUCCGUCUGUGUUCCACACUCUGUUCCCAUCCAAAAAGGGCAAGACAAGGAAAGUUCUCCCGGCUCCGCCACCUCCGCCGCCAGUUCCACCGCCUCCGGCAGCUCAGCGCAAGACCAGGGCAAGACCACCUGCAUUUUCUCAGUCGACCGCAAAUUUGAUCACCAUCAACAAAUCUCAUGCUCCCGUGACAACGACACUAAACUACGAGUCUUCGGAUGACAACAUCAACAGCGGCAACCAGUCGCCGUUGAUCGCGAUCCCUCCACCUCCUCCUCCGCCACCUUUCAAGGUGCCGUCAUGGAAGUUUCCUGUGCGCGGCGACUACGUGAGGAUCAAGAGCACGAACGUCUGGCACCAUGGUUCGCCAGAUACCGAGGACGAGGAGGGCGACGAUGAGGCCAGCGUCUCAGGGAUCACUGAGAGCCCGUCCAACGCGUCAUCGGAAGCGACGUCGCCGGCCUUCUGUCCGAGCCCGGACGUGGACACGAAGGCGGACAAUUUCAUCGCGAGAUUCAGAGCUGGGUUGAACCUGGAGAAGGCGAACUCCCUGAAGCAGAGGAGGUCCAAUUUGGCCCCAGAAAGAACAGGAUGAGAAACCAGGAUGAUUUCGGCGACAUUGAUGAGGUUUUGUUCAAGAACAAAGAUUUUUUUUUCCUUUUCUGUUCAAGUUUAUUUUCCAUUUUCUUGUGCAUAGAUGUUCAGAUUGAUUGACUGUUCUUGGAAGUGAGAUUGUAAUCGAGUCGAGUUGAGUCGUAUCCCACAGAAACCGUUCAUUAUCCACAUCGAAUGUUGAAUCAUAGACAGGGAAAUUGGAAUAAAAUGUUUCUUCUUGUAAUCCCAAAAUGU